AGCUGCAAAUUUAUGCAAAACACUGAAGCACCCUCCGUUUAUGCUACGAUCCGUCCCGUGGAGCUAAAACCGCCGCAACGCCAGGCUCUAUCCCACGGUACCGAGACCCGAGCGGAGGCGGAACCGUGGGGAGGGAGCAACCGGACCGCCGCUACCCGAGGAGAGGAGCCCCAGCGUCGCCAUGGAGACGGACGGGGACCAGCAGAGGGCCUCGACCAAUGGGAGCGCAGCGUCGGGCACCAGCUCCCGCCCCUCCGCUAUGAACUCCAUGAGUCUGUAUGAGAGGCAGGCCGUACAGGCACUCCAGGCAUUACAGAGGCAGCCCAACGCAGCGCAGUAUUUCCAGCAGCUCAUGCUCCAACAGCAAAUCAACAACGCCCAACUGCAAAACCUGGCCGCCGUGCAACAGGUCAAGGCGACUUUAGCUGCGAGUCGUCAAUCGAGUCCGUCCAGCAGCAGCUCCACUCAGACCACCAGCACCACAUCUGCCAGUGCCACUUCUGGGUCUAGCUCUGCCCCCAGCAGCAGCCGGCCAAUCAACGCCUCUGCCACGUCAACCAUCAGCCAAUCAGUGCUGUUCAGUGGAGCGGCUGGAGGACAGGGUCAGAUGUACCUAAGGGUGAAUAGGUCACUGCGUACACCUAUCUCCCCUCAGCUCAUCUUCAUGCCCAGCUCCACGGCAACCGCUGCUGUGGCAACCGUCACCCAGCAACCACCACCUCAGCAACAGAACCAGGAAGUAAACGCAUCCAGUGGUGCACAGGAUAAUGAGCAGGCUCAGAAUUUAGCCAUCCGAAGUGCACCUACUCCAAAAACUGGGGGGGUCAAGACUGAAGCACCGGACAGGAGUGAAUCUGCUCCAUUUUCCCUGGUCCAACCGUCCCACCAGUCGACGCCCCAGUCUCCAUCCAAACCCGUUCAGUCCCACAUAAAGAUCCCCACGUACCCCGCUCCCAACAGCCUCAAAGCCCAGACCGCCUCCUCCUCGUCUGGCUCCUCCUCCACCUCAUCCAUCCCCCUCUCCCAGCUCCUGCUCCACGGCCCCAGGACCCUCACUUCCUCCGCCCCCACCGCCGCUCACAUCCUGGUCCAAACCUCCACCUCCCAGACCCACGGAUACACGGCCACCAUCAAACCCGCCGUCAACGCACAGACGCUGGUGGUGCAGCCGCUGCAGAAGAGCUCCCUCGGUGCGGAGAAGUCGGGUGAUGGGCCCCACCUACUUUCCGCGCAGCUUCACUCUCGUCAGCCUCUACAGAAAAGCGCUUUGGGUUCGGACAAAUCCGGCAAUGGUCCGGUUCCGAUCCAACCCAAGACCCUGCAGGGACUGAGACUCCCCCUCCAACUGCCCACACGGAACCCUCCCCCCAUCCUACCAGCUCCGCCCACCUCCACAAGCUCCUCCCACCAGGCCCCCCACAUCCCCGUGCAAAUCGUAGGAGCACGACCCAGCACUUUAGGCAGCACCCAGGCGUUAGCUUUGGCGCGAAACAGCUGCAACCAAGACGGGACUUCGGUUUUGAGUAGCUCUUCUAGCUUGUUGACGAUGGUAGCGUCGAUAGCGUCCAGAGAAAGCGGAGUGGUGGGGAGAGGGGUGGGGCUAAAGACACUGCAGUCCCCAAGCGAGGCCCCCCCACUGGCCCAGGUGUCGCAAGUGCAUCCACAGACCAAUCAGAGCGCGGGACAGAACGGACACGUGACGCCGAGUCCCGCCCCUGCCUCCCAGAAGUGUAACGCGUCUCCGUCGUCACGGUUGUCAGGGGCGACGGACGAGCAACGUGCAGUGACCAAUGGGGAUUCAGCGAGAAGCAACACCACACAGGGGAAGCAGUCGGCCAGUUCCCUCAAAAGAAAAUCCGACUCUAACUCAGCUCACGAUGAAGAUGGACCCUCUCCUCCACGACUCCAACCAAUCAGAGACCACAACUCUACGCUCCCAACCAAUCAGAAUGAAACAGCUUCCGUCUCCCCCCCUCGCCCCUCCUCUGUCUCCCCUGUCCUUUCGGUCUCUCGUGGUUCUGUCCAAUCAGAACGCGGAGCUCCUCCUCAGGCUGUGGUCAAACCCAACGUCCUCACGCACCUCAUCGAAGGCUUCGUUAUCCAGGAGGGAGCGGAGCCUUUCCCUGUGAGUGAGGUGUGUGGGCCAGUGAAAGACUCUUCGGGGGAGGAGCUUGUUAAUGACAGUCAUGAAAACAACGAAUCAGAAACUCCAGCCCCAGUGCUGAAGUGUGAAUACUGUAAGAACUUUGCCCCCGAGAGUCAGUUCAGAGGCACCAAACGCUUCUGCUCUAUGUCCUGUGCAAAGAGUAUGUAUUGGUUCCCCAGGUACAACGUGAGCUUCAGGCAGCCCUUCUCCAGACAGAGCCACGCCCAAAACCAGGACCGGAACAAGGACCAGGACCGGGAUCGAGACCGAGAUCGAGACCGAGACCGAGACCGAGAUCGGGGGGAGAGGUCCAACUCAGAGGACGAGGGGGGAGCGGUACGGAGGAGAGUCCCGAGGAGAACCAGCUCUGAAAUCGCCAGUGCCAAGAUCGCAGGACGGGCUGCACAAGACAAGUGUGGGUCUGAGUCCAGUCGCUCAGAGGAGGAGUCCAGCGCAGAGGAGGAUGAAGACGACCCCAUGUCCCUCUCGCCCGCCUCCUCCACAUCCUGUCACCAAGCCCCGCCACCGCCACCGCAGGCCCCACCCCCUCAGCCACAGGCCCCUCCCCCUGCCCAGAAUCAGCCAUCUGCGCCCAGUUGUCCCAUGUCCAGCCCUGCACAGUGGAGCGUCCAAGAAGUCUCACAGUUCAUCUCCUCACUGCAAGGUUGUGAGGAUCUGGCGUCUCAGUUCCUCUCUCAGGAGAUCGAUGGACAGGCUCUGCUGUUGCUGAAGGAGGAGCACCUCAUGUCCACCAUGAACAUGAAACUGGGCCCAGCGCUGAAGAUUUGCGCCCACAUCAACAACCUGAGAGACUGAAGCUUUCAAACCACACUCCCAAACACGGAGAGACAGGUUGGAGAGGUCCAAGAGAAGUAUUCCUGAUCGUCAGCAUUGGCGCCAUUGUUUUGGAAAGUAAUUUCACAACUCGACUUUUUUUUUUUUUUUUUUUUUUUAACGCUGAGUACCUGAGAGACUGAAUUAUCACCAAACAACAUCAAUCUGCUCAUAUAUGAAGAGACACAGGUGGGAGAAAGUCAAAAAGAAGUAUUCCUGAUCAUUGAUAUUAGCACCAUUGUUUUGGGAAGUCAAUCCACAGCUCUUUGUUUUAUUUGAUUUUAUUUAAUUUUUACUUUUUUAUUGUUAUUUAAAGGUACACUGUGUAACUUUUUUGGAGGGGGUCCUGUUUUUUCCACAGAGAUUCUAAUGCUUUGAUUUAAAUUGUCCACUGUAUGGUGCUAAACCAAUCCGUCUUGCAUUUGUUUAACCUACAGGUGUUAUUUAUUGCUCAAAAAUAUCUUAACGUCUCCAUGGAGAUUCGUAAGUUAUCAGAAAUGCAGAAGUUAGCGAUAUGGUGGAAUAUUCUAGGCACAUCUCCGUGGAGACAAGCAGGUGACGGACCCUCCGGCAGAAAGAUUACACAGUGCACCUUUAUUAACUUGAAAGACUGAAUUGUAACUCAUCUGCCCGUGCGUGAAUUCCUGGUCAUAAAUAUUGACCUUUUAUUUAUGUUUUUUGUGUUACUAUGUCUUGUUUUUAUGAGCUAUAAUUUGAUUUUACUCAAAUACCCAACACUAAAAAUCACACUCCCAUAUUUGAAGAGACACAGUCCACAGAAAAAGUCAAAAGAGAACUAAUCCUGGUUAGCAAUAUUGGCAUCAUUUAGGGAAGUCAUUUUGAGAUCAACCAGUGCAAAAUGAUCACCAAUUAAAACGAAUCUGCCCAUAUGAGAGACACAGAUGGGGUGAGAUUUAAAUUAUUUAGUUAUUUAAACCUGUUUACCAACAGUGUUUUGGGAAACCCCUCCAUAGCUCAACAUUUGUAUUUAUUUAUUAUUUUGCAGUUACUUGACGACCUGAGAGACUAAAACGUCACCAAAAACGCGACUCAUUUUAAAAACAGAGAAUUAUUCCUGUUAAAUAAAUGAGCAUCAGAAUCAGUGUUUUGGGAAAUCCGUCCCCAGCUUAAUUUCAUUUAUGAUGUUUGAUUACAAUGGCCCUGAAGUAUUUUAAUGUUUAACUUGCACAUAGUUCUCAUCAUUUCACCAGUCAUGAGCUGUCGUGUUUUAUAAGCUAAAUCACCUUUAAGCUUCACAGUCAAUUAUAAGCCAGGUUUUAACGAAGUCGUAGGUGAGUAUUUUGUAAAUGCUGUUAGUUAAAGCUACUAUUGGCUGACCCGGCUCUGUUGUAUUCUCACGUAACACUAUUAGAUGCUAGAUGCUUCCAUCUACUGGUAAAAACAAACAAACAAAUAAACCUACAGAGGAUAGCUUUAAAACAGGAGUGUCAAACUCAAAUUCACAGAGGGCCAAAAUUAAAAACUGGGACUAAGUUGUGGUCCAAACUAAAAAAAAAAAAAAAUUUAAACACCAUUUGCAUGUUUUCUCUUCUUUUGAGAUAUGUAAUGUUAAACCUUUCUUAUUAAAAUAAAUGUUUAAAAAUAGUUUUGCUUAAAUAUUGAAUCCAGAACAAGCAGAAUAUAAAAUAAUAACAAAAUUUGAAAUAAAUAAUGUCUCUAUAGUCUAUCUGUAGCCAGCAGCUCUACAUAUACAUAUGUGAUAUGAUCUCAUGGGCCAAAUAUAAUUAUAUCGCGGGCCAAAUUUGGCUCUUGGGCCUGAGUUUGACAUGUCUGCUUUAAAGGCAGCUGACGUUUUGGAGAAGCAAGAGAAAAAUCUGUGUACUGCUGUAUUUGAUCUGAGGCCUUAGUCACCAUUUUAUUCUAUUUGUUAUUUAACAAUUUGUAGAAAAUAUAAGAUUUGUUGCAAAAAAUUGUUAAAACAUUUUUUUCAUCAGGCAACACAAUUCUAAAUUUCCCAAAUAAGUUGUGUUUGUUUUGCUAUAAAAUUGGCAAACUAUGUUAUUACAGUCUGGGCGGAGUUGUACAUGUUGGCUAGAAUUUGGUAGUUUCUGGCGCCAACUAGUGCUUCCGCUCAAUUUCAUUUCUCUCCAGCGACUAGGUCAGGGACCAAAAUACACUAGACAGUUUGCAAAAACCUCAGGAGUGCAAGUUCAGGCACCAGCCAAUCAGCGAAGAGCCAUACAUUCUGUGUCAACGAUUCCAGAGAUCGAGGAUUUAAAGCCAGAGCCAAGAGAAUGUUCUGUGUAUUUUAUCGAAGAGAAAGAUGUUAUUGCCCUUCUUCCUACGGGAUUUGGGAAAAGCUUAAUAUACCCGUUAGCAAACAAAGGAUUUUCUAAACAUGAACUCGUACAGACAGGUGCUCUACUGUAAACAAGGCCCAAUCAAAGGAAUACAUGCAGUACUUUGGUUUUAUCUUGUGUACUGGGAGUUCACUUUUGCCAACUGCCGAACAUUUACAAAAUAUUUAACCUUUCUUUUCAACUUCAGAACCUAAUCUAUUUUAAUUUAUCUUGGAAUAAGUUAUUUUAAACAUUGUCCAAACGUAUCUUCUCCUGCCUUUAUUUCCUCACACAAAUGCCCGUCCUGAAGCAUUUGAAACAGCACUCCACUAGCGUUUAGUUUGCACUUUUGAUUUGGGAAUGUCCUAUUUAAUUUUGCCUACAUUAACAGGGUACAGGGGGAGAACAGGGUAACGGCUUCUGAAACGCCACCCAGAAACAAUCCAGCCCAGAGAGUAAAGAGGGUGAAACGAAUACUAAAGACAUUAUCAUUUUCCGAUACGCAUUUCAAUAAGUUUGCAUUACGUUUGUUUGAAUUGUAUUUAUGUAAUCAUGUUGAAAUGGCUGCUUGUGUCUGUUCAGUUUGAUUUGAUGAAGUGAGUAAAAAUGCUAAUAGUAGUUAGAGGAAGGGAAUUAUACUUAUUUGAAAAUACGUUUAGCUGCCUUUUAAAUGUCGUAUCUGGCAGCAUUAUGUGGACCUAUGAGGGGACUAUGAGGCGUGUCCAUAAAGUAAUGACAGAUAUUUAAACACUAAAUAUAAUCAUUUGUAGGCUUGCAUCUUGUAUCUUAGAGUCUGGACUUUCCUCUUGUGGUGAAUAAAUGGACAUUACACUUAAAAAGUAUUAGUGUAAGUAAAAAUAUUUGACUUUCGUAGUGCUAUUAGAUAUAAAUGACGUUAAUAUGACCCACUUACGUAUCAGUCAAAGUCGAGAACCAGUAACUACUGAGCUACAAACUAAAAUAAUGAAUUUACUAGUAAUUUAAUUUCUCUCCAGCGAAUAGGUCAGGAAUCGGAAUACAUUAGAUGGUUCACAAAAACCCCAGAAGUGCAAGUUCGGGCACCAGCCAAACAUCGAAGAGCCAUAUAUUCUGUGUUGUCAAUGAUUCCCGAGAUCGAGGAUUUAAAGCCAGAACAAAGAGAAUAUUUGGUGAAUUUUAUCAAGGGGAGAGAGGAUACUGUCCUUCUUCCUACGGGAUUUGGGAAAAGCUUAAUAUAUCAGUUAUCCCUGUUAGAGACGCAUUACAUACGUCAUGACCAAAUAGCAGCGAUUGGUUAAAUAAAAAAGUAGCCACCUACCGUUGAGCGAACGAAUCCUAAUGCUGCGAGGUCAGACUAGAGAAGUUUCUGCACACUAUAAUACAACUGAAGUUCCUGCAGUUCUCAUAUUUCUAAUGUUAUAUCUGUGAAAUUACCGGAUAAAAUGUUAAAAAUAGUUGGAAGUGCAUACGACAGGUUAGACUACUCAUCUCACUAAAACAGAGUUAAUGUAAUUAUAUUUAAAAUUUUACAAAAAAUCUGUCUAGUAAGGCUGAUUUUCUCUAGUUUUGUCAUUUAUGAGAAGAUUAUAAUUUUAUUUCAUGGUUGCAUGAGGACAUACAUAGGUAAUUCCAUAUUUUUUGGAAACCUGUGAUACAUACCAUAUUUUCUGGACUAUAAGUCGCUCCGGAGUAUAAGUCGCACCAGCCAAAAAAUACUCAAUGAAGAAGAAAAAAACAUAUAUAAGUUGCACAGGGCUAUAAGUCGCACUUUUUGGGGAAAUCUAUUUUGAGACCAGGAACAGGAUGGUUUCGACUGUCAUUGAAGUUCAGGCUUUGUCGAUUCAUCCAGUGACAUCCAGGAAAGUUGCAUGGUGCACCCGCCCGGUUGCUGUAAAGUUGUGUUCUCCAUCCCUGCUUUCCGCCAGUCAGUCACAAGUUUCUCACUCACUCCAAACUUUUUUUCUGCUGCUCACUUACCAUUUUCAGCUGCAUAUUUCACAAUUUGCAGCGAGACAGUGACUUUUUAUACAGGAGACAUGUGCAGUAGAGUGCGAAGUGACAGUGGUACAGGAGUAAAAGUAGUACUAGAUUCUGACAGACGAGCCUAGAGCGCCUUCUUGCGGCCGUCAGUGUGAAAAUUUUAAUAUAUAAGUCGCACCGGAGUAUAAGUCGCAGGAAACACCCAAACCAUGAAAAAAAGUGCGACUUAUAGUCCAAAAAAUACGGUAUUUACCACAGACACUAUUUCACCAAACCAAGUAAGAAAAGGUAAAAAGUAAGUAAGAAAAGUAAGAAAAACUCAGAAACCUGUAUACCUAUAUAUGCACAUACGGUACUGUCUUUUUAUUCAAGAAAAUUGAAAUCUGAUUGAAUAGUGUAAUGUCCAAAAACACAAGGAAUGAUACAUACUUUUAAAAACUAGAUAUAAAACAAAAAUCUUCACUGUCACUACUUCGUACUUUUACUGCUUUGUGGACACACCUCAUAGACAUCCUCGCUGUAUGAAUGGAAGUGUGAAAGCGUUGUCAUUAAACUAAACUGUAAUAAGUGUAAUAUUUGCCUUUUGUAUUUAAAUGCACAUUUUGUUGCUGGACUGCCUUGUUUUAAAGCUGUAGACAUUUUCUCAUGUUCUUCUAUUUCUGUGAUUUUUGUGGCCUUUCGAGUUUCAAAUAGGUCUAGAAAAAAGAUUGUGUUUUUAAAAUGCUUUUCAUAUCAUAUCUUUUUAUAUUAGUAACGCUAACUUUUUUACUUUUUCCAAACUGUUGCCUUUUCGCAUUCACUAAAUAGUAGCUGUACAUUCAUAAGAAGCCUCUCCUCUUCUGUCUUCCUCUUAGCUCUCCAUAGCAUUAAAAACUAUUUACUUAGAUACAUGAUUAUAAUGUUAGUGAAUGUGGCAGUAUUUUCAAAAACAAUAAUCUUUGGUAGUUGUGUAUUUAUAUUUUGAAGCCAAUUUAAGAUUUCAAUGUAUUACAAUUUUUAACUCAUUACAUCCAGGCCAAAUCUGAAAUGCAACAGAUGUUUUCAAAUAUUCACAAUUUCAGUUGAAUUUGGAAACUAUUUAACAUUUUUGAGAUAAUCAGAAACUGUACAAUAUUGUAGGGACUGUUUUGGGAAGGGGUUAACAGCGAAAUCUUGCAAAUAAAUAAUCAAGCAACUGUUUUAAAUUUGUGUGUU